AUGGAUCUCCCGGUACGAACCCCUUCCUCAGAUCAAACAAUGGUGCUAUACGCAACUGGCUUCAAUGCGUGGAGCCAGCUCACAUUCGACCCUUCGCCGGCGGACGAAGAGCCUGACGACGUAUUCACUUUCACAAAAGUAUUGGCGGCCAGGUUUGUUGGACUAAUUGCUUCCGAAAUGAGCUAUACUGCGGUACAACAAGAUACUUCUUGGGCCAUCGCUGGAUCCUCCCCUGACCAGCUUCUUCACCGUGAAGAUAACCAAGUAUUUCUAUUCGACUCUCCAAGUGCUAUUUCAGGGGAUGGGAAGGUCUUGGCAGUUCAGGACUUGGACUGCUCACCCUCAAAUCAAGUCAUUGUUCAGUAUCCGUCCUUGGCAGCAUGGAAAGCCAGCAAGAGUACCGAUUCCUGGCCUUGCAAGGCUUCUGUCCGCCAGAUAACAGCUUACGACGCUGGCUUCAUUAUUUUUCUCGAGGAUGAGACCGUCCUAAGCUGUGGUGACCCACGAUUCCGAGACUGCCUUGGCCGUGAAGUUGACGAGUCCUGCCCUGCCAACGAACCCGGAAUCAUACAAGAUCUGAGUGAUCUCGGCGAGCCCAUCAAGAAGAUUGCAGCAGCGGGAUACACAGCUGCAGCUUUGACAGAGAGUGGCGGAUUGUAUCUCUGGGGCAUGGCAGCCCCUGGCUCGCAAAGCCAACACAGCGUAUUUCAAGAUAUCAGCGAGCUACCAAACUACUUCGAAGUUGAUGGAGACAAAGACGGAAUAACACUAAUGGCCAAAUUGGUCUUGGGAAAGAUGCUCAAGAUCCAGUUUCAUCAUGGUCAAAGGUAG